AAGAGAACCGUUCAUUGAUUUGGGGCUACUUGUAGCAAAGUUGUGGUUAGCUAAAAAAUUAGACAAAUGUUAGCUCCGCCCAUUAGCCAUUUCCCAAUCAUUUAGUUGUCAGAAAAAUGAAGGUUGGUAGAGCGCCUGUAGAACAUUCCUCCAAUGCGUUUUGUUCUUUCUUAAGCUAAUUUGCAGUGACUUUAAGCAAACCUUCCCUAAAUUUUCCUGCAAAGCCCACCUAUCUUCCUCUGUUUCCCCAGUCAGCCGCAGCCAUCGGCAUUGGCAAAAGCACGCUGUUCCCGGCUAAAAGCAUCAGUUUUUACUUUUAUAAUGAAAGCCUGUAGUAAAUAUAAUUACUUUCAGGCAACAGUUUUUUCUUCUUCUUCUUUCCUUGGUUUCGUUUUUAGUAAUAGUCUUCAAAAUAGCUGGAAUGGCACUAACCCAGUUUCCCUUUGGGUGGAGAGACCCAUCACAGAUUCUGUCACCUUCCGCUAAUUUCCCUCAUUAACAAUGUCAGCCUGUUUUAUCUUGAGAGGGUAAAACACCCCGAAGCGCUGCUUCCAGAAACUGACACGUAAUUCUGUCACAGUUCACACACGCACAACAGAUGUUCUAAAAUACCACAAUAACAACAGAGGCAGGCUAUGAAAUCCCCUUUGAGAGUUUGAUUGCUUCACCACAUAAGUUUUCAUAGAGCUUUUUAGAGAGGAGACGGCAAACAAGGAGCUAUAAGGUUUCGGGAGCUGUAUGUGAUUACAUCAAGGAGGCGCAGACAAAACAGAGGGAGGGUUUAUUUUAAACCGUGUUCUCCUGCUUGAAAGUUUUGCCAGCGCAAUUGUUUCGUUCCAGAGCUGAAAGCGAGCUGCGCUGUGGCUCGGCGUGAAAAGUGAGGGGAAGUGAUGUGUGAGAACUGCAGCAGGGAAGGAGAAUGCAGCUGGGAAUUUUGCCUGGAGCGCGGCAGGCUGGAGAUCUGUGGCUAGAAGUAAAAAAGAAGCAUAAGGAAGAGAUGAGGAGAGAGCAAGGGGGACUGAAGUUUGAAGCUGGGAUGGUGUGAAGGAUGAGGUUGGAGGAGGUGGGUGAUGAGUAAGAGUGGACUUUAAAAAAAAGGAGGAGACAGGAAGAUGACAGAAGGAGAGAGCUUUGCCUUAUAGGGAAAACAGAAAGGAUCAACAGAGCGUUUCACAAGUUUCUACACAACAGUUUGCAGAUAUGCGAACUCGACACUCUCAAUCUCACGUUAAAACGACGCUUCAGACUGGAUGUGUAUCUGCUGCUGUUAAAAAGACUUCAGAGGAAAACCCUUCCAGCUUUGGCUCCAGCGUCACUCUGCCUGGGAUCUGCGUCUCGGCACCUUUGCUGCACCCUCUGCCUCGAUCUGCUGACCUGUGAUUUGAUGUGUGCGUGCUCACACCCACAAUGUUGCAACACUAGACAGUCACAAAAGCAGCUCCUCCUCAUAAGCAGCAGGUCCCUGGAAGCAGCCGAGCUGUCAGUGACUUGCUGCACGCCUGCUCUCGGCCCCGAGCUCUCCGCUCUUUUCUCUUUUCUUUUUCUUUUCUAAAGUUCCUGCCAAGGAAGGAGGAGGAUGGAAAGUGUGGCUGGAGGGAAGAGACAGAAAGCAGAGCGAGAACGCUGAGGAACUGAGAGAGACCGCUUCCUGCUGGCUGCAACCCUUGGAGCCCUUUUCUCUGCAGAUUUUUACUUCAUCCUUCUGCCAAAGCUGCAGAGCAGGAGACAUAGAGCGGCAAACAGUUGCUCGUGUAGUCCCGACUCCAACCUCAGCCUCCCCAGGUUGGAGGCUCUUGCCACACCACACCUCUCCAACUGGACUCACACACCUCAGUCAAGUGCUGCGUCUACUUCUGAACUGGAUGAUGGAGGCUCCAAGCUGCAGCGGUUGUUCUCCCACCCUCUCUACAACAUCCAGACUCCGGAGCUGAAGCCAGAGGAGAAGCUGCUGCAGGCGAAGCAGCUGAUGGAGUACUACAGGAGGAAGGUGUCGCACUGGGAAAGACGAAAGAAGCUCUACGAAGAGGCAGCUACUUUGACCAACAUCUCGUUGAUGGAGCAAAAGAUGACUUAUGAUCCGAACGCCAGCUGGCUGAGGUUCCACCUGGGAAUCGACCGCUACGCCCUGUACGCCCGGGACGACCCCGCCAUCCUCCAGCUUCUCACCGACAUGCAGAACAUGACCAUCGUUAGCGCAGAUUACACCCAGGAUGAGAAAGCUCUUAAAGGAGCAUGUGACUGCACUCAAGUGGUGAAACCGAGCGGCCAUCACCUGAAGCUGGCUCUGAAGAUGAGCAACUUUGGCAAAGCGAUGUUUAAACCGAUGAGGCAGCAGAGAGAUGAGGAAACUCCAGGGGACUUCUUCUACUUUGUGGACUUCCAGAGACACAACGCAGAGAUCGCAGCCUUCCACCUGGACAGGAUCCUGGACUUCCGGAGGGUUCCGCCGGUGGCCGGCAGGCGAGUCAACGUGAGUGGAGAAGUCCUCCAUGUUGCCCACAACGAAGACCUGCGGGCCGUGUUCUUCACCUCACCAGCAAACAACACGUGUUUCUUCGCCAAGUGCCUGUAUGUGUGUAAGACGGAGUACGCCGUGUGCGGGGGCCCCGACCUGCUGGAGGGCUCCCUGUCUGCCUACCUGCCGGGCCUCACCGUGGCUCCUCGCCUCUCCAUCCCGAAUCCAUGGAAACGCUCCUACACCUUCUCCGGACGAGAGGAGUGGGAGGUAAAUCCUUUCUACUGUGACUCCGUUAAACAGGCGUAUCCUUAUAACUCUGGCAACAGGUUGCUCAACAUUAUAGACAUGUCCAUCUUUGACUUCCUGAUAGGUAACAUGGACAGACACCACUAUGAGAUUUUUACCAAGUUUGGAGAUGAAGGUUUUCUUCUGCACUUGGACAACGCCAGAGGGUUUGGGAAGCAUUCCCAUGAUGAGAUGUCCAUCCUGGCUCCACUGUCUCAGUGCUGCAUGAUAAAGCGUUCCACGCUGCUGAGACUCCAGCUCUUGGCUCGACCACGCUUCAGACUCAGCGAUGUGAUGAGAGAGUCUCUGGACGGGGAUCCUUUAAGGCCGGUGCUGACCGAGCCCCACCUGUUGGCGCUGGACCGCAGGCUGCAGAAGGUCCUGCGGGCGGUGCAGCGCUGCGUCCGGCGGCUCGGCCAGGACCAGGUCAUCACUAAGGACUUCACAAGACCCACAGAGAAUCCUCAGAGCGCAACGCAGAGGGAACACAACAGGUAGCUGAGGACUGAGCUGCUUUUGGUCAACAGAGGCUGCCUGGGAGACGUUAGUGAUGACCUGCAGUCACCAUGGAAACCGAGGAGGAUCAGACUGGAGCUGAGGAACAAGAUGUCAGGAGAUCCUUAAUGAGAACUUGGACAAAGAAAGAACCACUACAGGACCGAGCAAAGUUCGAAACUUUUCAUCAUUUAAAUUAAGCUAAGCUAAAACCGCUGUCACACACACACACACACGCGCACACACGCACGCGCACACACGCACACACACACACACACACACACCGUCAUAAGCAACAAAGAUACAAAAUCCUCAUCAUACUGGCGCCUCUGGAAAAGAUGAGUGAAAAGUCUUAAAAUGCAGUAGACCUGUUUUUUCUUGCAGUAGCAGAUUUUACAUCAACACAGUUUGAAAAUUCUACCUUUAAUAUUAAUCCAUUUAUGCUUGUGGAAAAAAAAGAGAUCCUAUUUUGACAAAUUAUGAAUUUUUAACUGAAUCCUCAAACCAAUUCUGUACAAACAAGAAACUAAAUCUGUUUUUAAGUGUUGUUAGCCACAUAGCAUAAUAGGACUUAAGCAAUUAUGCUAUUAAGUUAACGAUUAGUUUUCCUUAAUUGCUCAAAAAUCUUUUAAUUAGUAAAUUAUGACUUCCUGUUUUCCAUGGAGCUGUUUGGCUACAAUAACUGGUAUUAACAUGGACACACAGUUUCGGAGUCCAUUAAAAAUCUUAAACAAGCAGAAACUUAGUUUGUGUCUGAACAAGAACAUGUGUUGAUCAUGAGGCUGUGCACAGCGAGCUAACACUUCCUGAAAGGUCACAGAGAACCUGAGGUCACCAAGCCUCUAGAAGAACAAUAAGACGCCGUCUCCAUGCCAACCAGAUGUCAUAAUUCAACUCCUUCUCCACUUAUUAAGUGCACUGAAAUUAAAGGUUUCAAUUUUCAUUAUGUUUUAGUGUGAGUUUAUGCUACUGUAAUAAAAUCUGAAUGUAUGUUGAGGUUUUUCCCACACCUCAGCCAGCGGUUCUGGUUCUGGGGGAGAGAGAAGUCAUACACUGGAUACGUUGUUGGUCAAGUUUGGGGCCGUGGAAACGACAGAUGUUUUUAAAUUCUAAAAUAAAAUUAUUUUUAAAUAAA